CAGUGAAGAAUGAAGAUAAGGUUUUUUGUACUACGCAAACAAAUUCUUCUUACAUGACGAAAUACUGAUAAUUUCCCCAAACCCCCCUCUCUCUCUUUCUUUCUCUCUCUACAUUUCCAUGGCGGCAGCCGCUAAUCUCUCUCUAGCACCCUAUCACCACCACCACCACCACCACCACUCAGACACCAACCACCACCUCCCACUCCACUUCACCACCCUCCUCCUCCUCCCCACCAAAAAAAGAUUCACCAUCUCCUGCAAUUCAGCCAAGCGCGCCGCCGCACCGCCGCCGCCGCCGCCACCUUCCGCCGUCGCCCAAGACCCAAAAACCCCAUCUCUAGCCGAGCAGCUGAAACCCUUAUCCACCACCACCCUCUCCGACCAACCCAACGAAACCCACCUCCUAUCCAAACCCAAAUCCACAUGGGUCAACCCGACAAAGCCCAAACCCUCCGUCCUCUCCCUCCAGCGCCACCAGCGCUCCGCCUCCUACUCCUACAACCCCCAAAUCAAAGACCUCCGCCAAUUCGCCAAGAAACUCAACGAGUGCACCGAGUCCGAUUUCUCCGCCGUCAUUCAGACAAUUCCUCAUUCACCUUCCAGGGAGAACGCCCUUUUGGUUCUCAACAACCUCCGGCCAUGGCAGAAAGCCCUCCUCUUCUUCAAUUGGCUGAAAUCACAAGACGUGUUCCCCAUGGAAACCAUCUUCUACAAUGUCGCCAUGAAAUCCCUGAGAUUCGGCCGACAAUUCCAGCACAUUGAAGAACUCGCUCUCGAAAUGGUCGAAAAGGGAAUCGUGCUCGAUAACAUCACCUACUCAACCAUCAUCACCUGCGCGAAAAGGUGCAAUCUUUUCGAUAAAGCGGUCGAGUGGUUCGAGAGGAUGUACAAAACCGGGCUCAUGCCCGAUGAGGUCACUUACUCCGCCGUGUUGGACGUGUACGCGAAAUUGGGUAAAGUCGAAGAAGUGAUGAGUUUGUACGAGAGAGGGCGAGCGAGCGGGUGGAAGCCCGAUUCGAUUGCGUUCGCGGUUUUAGCUAAGAUGUUCGGCGAAGCGGGUGAUUACGAUGGCAUUCGGUAUGUUCUUCAAGAAAUGAAAACGCUCGGGCUGCAGCCGAAUUUGGUCGUGUACAACACGUUGUUGGAGGCGAUGGGUAAAGCCGGGAAGCCGGGUUUAGCGAGGAGCUUAUUCGAGGAGAUGGUGGAUUCGGGUAUCGUACCGAAUGAAAAGACGUUAACGGCCCUGGUUAAAAUCUACGGGCGGGCUAGGUGGGCCCGUGACGCGUUGGAGCUUUGGGAGAGAAUGAGGCUGAAAGGGUGGCCGGUGGAUUUCAUAUUGUACAACACUUUGUUGAGCAUGUGUGCCGAUCUUGGAUUGGUCGACGAGGCCGAGAGGCUUUUCGACGACAUGAAAGCGUCGGAAAAGCACAAGCCCGACAGCUGGAGCUAUACGGCCAUGCUUAAUAUAUACGGAAGUGGGGGUAGUGUUGACAAGGCUAUGGAUUUGUUUAAAGAAAUGUCGGAAAAGGGCGUCGGGCUUAACGUAAUGGGGUGCACUUGUUUGAUUCAGUGUUUGGGGAGAGCCAAAAAGAUCGAUGAUUUAGUGAGGGUAUUCCAAACCGCCACGUCAGCUGGCGUGAAAACGGACGAUAGGUUGUGCGGGUGUUUGCUCUCGGUUGUGUCGUACUGCAAGGGCGAAGAUUCGGACAAGGUACUAGGUUGUCUGGAGUUGGCGAAACCGGAGCUCGUCGAAUUCGUGAAGCUUCUGUCGGGCGAAGAGAGUAACAACUUCGACUUUGUCAAAGAAGAGUUCAAGCGGAUACUAAGCAACACAGCUGUCGAAGCAAGAAGGCCGUUUUGCAACUGCCUGAUCGAUAUAUGCCGAAACAGAAACUGCCACGAGAGAGCACACGAGCUAUUGUACUUGGGUACGAUAUACGGAUUGUAUCCAGGUUUGCACACGAAGACCGAAGAAGAGUGGCGGUUAAACGUGAGGUCCUUAUCGGUGGGUGCAGCUCAAACGGCUUUGGAAGAGUGGAUGGGAACUUUGGCGAAGAUUGUGCAGAGGAAGGAGAAUUUGCCCGCGUUGUUUUCGGCAAAUACCGGAGCCGGAACCCACAAGUUUUCGCAGGGUUUGGGGGGCGCGUUUGCGAGCCAUGUGGAGAAACUUGCGGCCCCGUUUAGGGAGAGUGAGGAGAAAGCCGGGUUUUUUAUUGCUACACGAGAGGAUUUGGUUUCGUGGGUGCAAUCUAAGGCGGCUUCUUCUUCGUCGUCUUCUUCGGCUGUGAGUGCAGUUUGAAGGGAAAAACGAAAGAGAAAAACGAACUAACUGUAGUUACGGUUACGGAGGCGCGAAUGUGCGGCCUUUUCAAGAAAACGUUUUUGUAUGUGUAGUUUGUAGCUUGAGAGAUUUGCUAAAGUUUUCGUUUGGAAGGGCAAAAUUGGUAUUUGAAUGUUCUUCGAGGCUACAUUAGGUGAAUGUUCUUCGAGGCUACAUUAGGGUAUUUGUUGGUGAUAGGGAAACGAGCGAGAGAGCGAGGCCGAACAAGAAAAACGAGUGCCGAAAGACGGAAUCGAAUAAGAGAGGUUCUUACACACACCACACCUAUUUGUGAAUUGUGAGUAUUUUGAGACAAUUUGGCUAAAUUUUCUAUCAAUUACUUCUUUCUACACUACACUAUGAUGCUAUUUAUUUUCUUUUAUUUGAUUCUGAUAUUAAUAUACAAGUAAUUUAGUUUAUAU